GAUAGUUGAGAUUACCGAUGGGUCGUAUUAUAGAGCGGUAGGAUUGUGCGGGCUGAUGGUGUGGCAGAUCGAGGCUGUGGAGAUUCUGGGAUUGGCUAGUGACGCCCUCUUACAGCGCACGGUUAUACUUAUUUAGCCGCUGGUCAAAGAUUUUUACUUUCGGAAAAUGGAUCUUUAAUUUUCUUAAAAUUAAAAUUCUGAAAAACAACGUUCUGCGCUACUAGAUUCGAAAGAAAAUAUCGAAGCGCUUUUUUUAUAGCAGUCAUAUUCAGACCGUACCAGACACGCGCGAGUCGCACGUUUCAAAAUUCAAUGUCUGUGUGAUAUUCCAAAAUCUCUAAGUUCUCUCGGUGCCGUGCACUUUAAAAUCAAAAUUCAAAAUCUCCUCGUACGAAUUUCUCAAAAUGCUUCAGUGCAUCAAAUCCGUCAAGCUGUUAAAAGACAUCCCGAAGCUCGGCCUGCUGUCGUCCACUAACCUCCUCCACACGAGCCAAAUCUGCCACAAGAAAAGGAGCUGCUGCGGACCUCCCAAAGUGGCCGUGGUGCUCUGUGGAUGCGGUGCGCUCGACGGUACCGAAAUCUCCGAGGCCGUCUCUGUGGCCAUCCACCUGAGCAGCAAAAAUAUAGAGCCUCACUUCUACGCGCCUGACGUGAACAUCUGCGGGACCGUCAAUCAUUUGACUAAGGAUCCUGACAACUGCGACCCGCCGAGAAACGCACUGGUGGAGGGCGCUAGAUUAGCCCGAGCAGCUAUCAAGCCACUUUGCGAAUGCAGAGCUUGCGACAACGCGGGGCUGGUCAUACCCGGUGGAUGGGGUGCUGCCAGAACUCUGAGCGAUUUUGCUUCGAAAGGCUGCAAUUGUGUCGUGCUGCCGGAACUAGAGAGAGUCAUUAAAGAAUUUAAUUGCGCCUCCAAGCCGAUCGGCAGCAUAUGCAUAGCUUCGGCGAUACUGGCAAAGGUCCUUAACGGAGCGAAAGUGACGCUAGGAAAAGACUGUCCGAAGGAGCAGUGGGUCUACUCGGACGCGAUCGAGAAGGUCAAGCAGAUGGGCGCCAAGGUCGAGCUGAAGGACGUCAAGGGCGUGACGCACUGCAAGCAGUACAACGCGUACAGCACCCCGGCCUGGAUGGACACGCAGGCGAGCUACGCUGACAUACACGAGGGUAUCGGGAAAAUGAUAGCCCAGAUGAGGAAGUGCAUCAAGUAGAGGAAUGGAAAAUCACUCGAAGAGGAUAGUAGUUUUACAAAAGAAAUAUAUGUCUACGUGUAAUACGUUAUUUAUUCGAUUUUUUGUCUCGGCUCCGCCUCUACGGGAGGCGACUCGUUUAUUUUAACUUUUUUUUCGAGUACGUAAUAUAAUUUCUCACUCCUUUGUUCUGCAUACGUUUCCACUGGUUUUCCAAUCCUCGAAUAAAGUCUACGUCUAUCGCUACAAUAGUCAACAACAAAUGAGAUAACAAUACACACAAGAUCUACGGUAAAGUGUCGGUGUUCUGCGAAUUACAAUGUGUUCGAAUAAAAAUCGAUCAUCCGAAAA